AUUCUGUUGAUGAGCCGCCGUCUAGCCAAUCAGAGCUCUGCGUUCGGCGACUGCGCAGUGAAGUCUGUGUUUCCGUGCGGGAUCAAGGCCGGAGCCAGGAGCUGGCAUGGCGAGCCUGUGGAUGGGCGAUCUGGAGCCGUACAUGACCGAGGGGUUCAUCACCGAAGCCUUCGCUUCCCAGGGAGAAAAUAUCCUCGGCGUCAAAAUAAUCCGCCACCGCGUGACGGGGGGUUUAACCGGUUAUUGCUUUGUCGAUUUUCCCGACAAGGAGUCGGCGGAGAAAUGUCUGCUUAAACUCGGCGGCCGACACAUUCCGGGAACUUCGUUUACCAAGCGGUUCCGGCUGAAACAUGCGUUGUGCACCAAGCAGCCAGAAACCGGGGUUUUAAAGUCUAAUAUCCCAAAUUUGAUGCCUAAUAACUCCAAUGACGUCAACCAGCAGCAAGUCCAUGAAUACAUUCAGGCCUUUAAUUACUACACGCAGCAGUUCCAACAGCUGAUGUCCAACUGGAAGUACGAUCCUAAAAGCGGCAGCUACAGUUACCAGCAGUACGGAUACACGCCGAGCUCCUGGCAGACCCCUGAAGACAUGGGAGACGAUGCUUUAGAAGAUCCCCUCUCCGCGCUGGAUGUGAACGAAGCCAACCAACAGUUUAUGGAACAGAGCGAAGAAUUCUACGAGGCCCUCAUGGACUGUCACUGGCAGCCGCUGGACACGGUCACGUCCAAGAUUCCAACUGAAUAACAUGGCGCCGUUGGGUCUCCGGUAAUAGGAGAGGCACUUUACACAUGUUCAUAGAAGCUUGCACAUAGUCAUUUUUACACAUAUAUGCACACUCACACGCUUUCCCCCUGGAUUCUAUUGGAUUAAACUGGAGAAAGGGAAACUCUGCCCCUCUUCCUACAAAUUAAUGAUGUGAACGCACCUUAAUUCCUGUUUGUU